AGGGAAAAUCACACAACUGGUUAAAAAGCCGAGGUGAAGUACCUGAAGAAGAAAGGAAGGGUGCCGGCAAAUUUGUUGAACCCAAUAGUCUUCAGAGGUCCAUGGAGGGCGAUUUUUGUGAAGCUCUAAACUUUGGUCUUCAAGACAAUCUCACACCAUCCUUCGUCAUUGCCGAAUUAUGCCAAGAACAGGCCCUUCCGGGUAUGGACACCUCAACAUAUUUUUGUGCAACAAUAACUUUCAGAAGGUAGAACAAUUCCUUUGCUGUUCAUCAACAUUUUUUCACUGUAAGUGACGGGUGAGAAAUGUAUUGUUUACUGGAAAUAAGGGAAAAUAAAGUUUCAGGUGGCUGGGUCCGCCCAGUUCUCUCUUUAGGGAAGUUUAUCGUAAAUUAUAAACUGGCCAACUUCUGAGGGAAAGCCACACAACUGGUUACAAAGCCGUGGUGAAGUACCUGAAGAAAGUCAGGGUGCCAGAAAAUUUGUUGAACCCAAUAAUAUUCAAAGGGCGUCAUGUCCUUAGAGGACAAUUUGUAUGAAGCUCCAGACUUUGGUCAUCAGGACAAUCCCCCAUCAUGCUACGAACAGGCCAUUCCAGUGAUGGACACCCAACAGCCAACAUUCUACCCAGGUCCACCGGAAUAUGUUGAAGUACUUCCAGACUUGCCACCAAGAGGUAUCGUCAAUCCUCCUCCAAAUCUAAUCAACAACCCCAGUGAAGGAGCUUUCUCUAAGCCUACGGUGAUCCCUUCUCAAAGAUGGACUUAUCCGCAAGAAGUGGGCAUAUCUCGUCAACAACCCAACAACAACCAGCAAAUAAUUCAAAGGCCUCCUCCAAUGCAUAACCCAGAAUUCUUAACACAAACAGUGCCCAGGACGGUCUUUCUUCAACCCAUGGUGUAUCCUUCACCCCAAUCUGCCAUGACUCCCGGAAUGAUGCCACUACAGCAGUACCCUCAGAACUGUGCAGUUCCAGGCACAAUGGUCAUUAAUACUGUCCAACCAACGAUGGUGACCACACAAACUACAAUGAUCUCUACUCAAGGACAGGCACCCCCUUGCCGGGACUAUUUGCCGUGGUCCAUCGUGAACCUUAUAUUUUGUUGUUUAAUUUUUGGGAUAGUGGCUCUUGUCUUCAGCCUCCAGACACGUUCCGCUAAGAAGUAUCAGGACUGGGAAUCAGCGCAGAGGAAAUCCCGCGCCGCUCUCGGCUUCAACUUGGCCGCCAUGUUGCUGGGAAUUGCCUUGAUUAUUAUUGUGCCUGCCGUGUACUUCACCCGCCCAUACUACUACUACUAUUACUAUGGCUAACUGCACACCCAUCUACACAAGGGUGGGGGCAAUACUAACGCCAAUUGGAAUUUAACCACUUCAGCCCCGGAAGAAUUUACCCCCUUCCUGACCAGGCCAUUUUUUUUUGCGAUUCGGCACUGCG